AUGUCAACGCCAAACCGCUCGCUGCCCGGCUGGGGUGAACCCGAGCGCCCGUCGUCGUUGAUACGAGGCAAUUCGGUCUAUCCUGUUCACCGAUCAUUCCAAGCUAUAUCGCCCGAAAUUCAGCCGAAGGUCUUGGCGGCAUGCGCGUGGCUCUUGCUCCCUGAGGAAACGCAGGGAAGACUCAAUCUGAAGCGACGCGCAAAGCAGGCCGAAGUUCACGCAAGGCAAGCCGAGACUAACUGGUUGGCCACGGCCGUACGUUCAAUGGAGGAUGAGGCUAUUGAAUUCCUGCAGAGCGUAUUGCUGAGUGAUGACGAUGAGCGCGACUGA